CUCUCUCUCUCUCUCCUUUCUCUCUUCUCUCUCAGUGAGAAUCUCGGAAAAGGAAAAACCUGUUUCACUUGUGUGUGAUUCAAAUGAAAAUGAAAAUAUCCGAGUCAUCAUCGCCAUCAUCUCCAUCACCAUCACCAUCAACAACAAUAUUUACAGUGAAUAUAAAGGAGGAACCAUUGGACUCCUCUAUGCCUCCACUUGCUUCACCCGCCACAGUGGUAAAUGUUGCCACCAAUACAAAUUCAGCAUCGAAAACUCGUGAGCUUGAACCUUCACCACCGACUACGGUCAUUUCUCUGGCACCCGCUCAACCUUACCCAGGAACACAACUAACCUUUGCUGCUCCAGCUUAUGAUCUUGAACCAAAUACGGCUUACACUGUCCAGGUCAAUUCAGAUGUAGCAUCUCAUGCCACAGUGGCCCAAGGAGCAACAGGUCGCCCAAGUAACAAUGGCACCGUUUACCUGACAACUGAUUAUAUAACUUAUAGUGACUAUUACACUGCUACUGGUGUAACUGGAUCAGGAUCAGUAACAAAUCAUGAUCAGGCCAUUUUACCUGUUUAUACAGUAGACCAUUCAACAACAAUAACCGUUACCUCACCUAAUCUAACGUCACCAGUCUCUGGAACCGGAGAGUCCAAUUCAAACUCAUCGACACCAUCGACUGUAGGAGGAAGCAAAACUUCCGGCGGAAAACGAUCAUGGAAUGAGUAUAACCGAAAUUCUGAAGUAGAUAAAGUGCAAAUACCAAAUAUUCUCGAAGUCGGUUAUAAAUAUUAUCUAGAGUCACCAAUAUCGACAAGCCAAAGAGAAGAUGAUAGGAUCACUUAUAUCAAUAAAGGUCAUUAUGGGAUCACAUUAGAAUAUAUUCUGAUCCUGCUACCCUUAAAAAGUGCCACAGUUAAGUCUCUGGUGUUAUUGGUGUUCAGGGAGGAGAAAUUACAUGAAGAUGAGAUUAAAUCAUGGCAAUUUUGGCAUAGUCGUCAACACUCAGUUAAACAGCGAAUCCUUGAUGCAGAUACUAAGAACUCGUCCGGUAUCAUUGGGCCGAUUGAGGAGGUGACACAUAACUCAAUUGCUUUUUAUUGGAAUCCUCUAGAAGGACCUGCUAAGAUCAACGUUGCUGUGCAAUGUUUGAGCACUGAUUUCAGCAAUCAGAAGGGGGUCAAGGGAUUACCUUUACACCUUCAGAUUGACACUUUUGAUGAUUUCCGCGAGGGAAGUCCACCAAUUCAUCGGGGCUACUGUCAAAUUAAAGUCUUCUGUGAUAAAGGCGCAGAAAGAAAAACUCGAGAUGAAGAGAGAAGAGCUGCCAAACGUAAACUCACCGCCACUGGAAGUAAGUCCAUUCUCUUAAUUACUAUUCCAAUGAUUCAACAAAUGUUUGCAAACUUUUCAUUCUGGUUUGAUUAAUGAGUAUUUUUUAUUUCGAAAAAAAAAUUUCUUGAAUUACACUUGUCGAUAGUCCCAAUAAU